ACUCGAGUAAAGAAGCUCGAGGAAUUUGCUCAUGGAGAGAGAGGAUUUGGUGCAGACGGCGAGGGAGGAGCUGGAGAAGUCCCUGUUUGUGCUCUGUGUGUGUCACUGAUUGGGCAGAGAUCUGGGAGAUUCCUUCGAGGUCGGACCAUGUGACUCCAAAAGCUCGUCGAUGGUGUUUCCAUAGUUGGCAGAACUGCGCACAUCCUGCUCUUCUUCCCUCCAGCUUUUGUCGUGGAGAACCCUAAACCCUGACCCUGAACCACGAGAGAACACAGUGUACCCUAAAUCCCAACUGUUCCAGUUCCGACAACUCCAGACACCGUCGCUGGAGUCUGGAAACUAUGGCACUUGGAAAUUGAAGUGCUGUCACGCAUGAUGGAUUCGGAGGAAUUUGGAAAUUUGGUCUCGGUAUAGCACCGGUGCCCUGGAAUCCGAGUUGAGUGGAGACGAGACCGACGAGUGGAGCUUGCUGACGGGAUUGCGCGGAGAGAAAAGGUUUUGGAAGCAUAUGGUGUAGGGGAUUUGUUCCGAAGAUGUGGUUUUUGUGCUACUUCCUGCACAGGUUGCUUGAUUAUCGGAAACCUGAAAUCGAGUCACUAGCGAAGUUGUUUUUGGGAGAAAAUGCUGAAUUGAAGUGGAAGCAAUCACCUCAUCACCAUGAGGACUCACCGUUUUACUUCAUCGACCUACCGUCUGAAGAUGUCGCUCGGCAGAUCGCUUCCCGCAGCGUUCUUCUGAAGGGGUUUUUUGAGGUUUGGGGAGAAGGAAGAACUUAUGAUGAGCUAAAAGCAUCUAUUGAGUCUCUGUCUGACGAGAAGAAGGCCCCCUUUUUGACCGAAGAUAGUACCUUUAAAAUUGUUGUCGACGCCUUCGGAAAGGUGUUGUCUCUUGAUGAGCAGAAUGAGCGCAUUCAUGCGCUUAGUUACAUUCCCUUUAUGGGUGCUGUCAACCUGAAGAACCCACAACAUAAGUUUUGGAUUAUUGAAACAGAGGGCAACGAUUUCAACAACGGGCUACCACCUGCCGACAAUCGGUCAAUAAUAUUUGGUCGAGAGAUUGGUCUUUCCAACCGCAAAGUUGUUGUGAAGUAUGAGCUUAGUCGGCGCAGUUACCUUGGACCCACAGCCAUGGACGCAGAGGUAGCAUUGUUGAUGGCAAACCAAGCGCUUGCGAAGCCAGGGAAACUUGUCUAUGACCCUUUCGUUGGAACUGGAAGUAUACUUGUGGCAGCUGCGCACUGUGGAGCCAUGACGAUGGGUGCAGAUAUCGACAUAAGGGUGAUUCGUGAUGGAAAGGGACCAGAUCGGAAUGUGUGGAGUAAUUUCAAGCAGUAUGAACUGCCAUCACCAGUCGGCCUCAUUCGAGCAGACAACAAUGUUCCACCCUGGCGCCCGAAUCUCUUCGAGGUCUACGAUGCCAUCAUCUGUGAUCCACCUUAUGGUGUGAGAGCUGGGGGUAGGAAAUCUGGAGGACGGAAGAUGUUACAGGGAAUCAGAGAUCCGUACACAAUACAAGAGAACAUGAGAAAAGACCACAUUCCUUCCACAGCGCCCUACACGUUAGCUGAAUGUCUGCACGAUCUCUUAGACAUGGCAGCCCGCUUACUUGUAAUAGGUGGGAGGUUGGUAUUCUUCUACCCUGCUCCAAGAGACGAAUGUGGAGAUGAUUUCCUCCCAAAACACCCUUGCUUCACCCUUAUUGCCAAUAGCGAGCAGAUCUUGAGUUCUAGAUACAGUCGGUGUCUGCUGACAAUGGAGAAGACAUCUAAGUAUACAGAAAUCAUAGCCGCCACUGCCAGGAGGGUUCAUCAAGAGUUCAAAGAUAACCACUCCGAGAUGCUACAAGAGAGUAGAGAGAAUGGCAGUCUCCAUCACAUAGUUUUCGCCCCCAGCAAUGAGGCACACAGGCUAGAGGGCUCCGAAUCUAGACCUAGGUACAGAGGGAAGUAUGUCUAAAUCAUCUGCCCAUACGAAAUUGGAACCACAUUGUACACAUCAUGUCCAUUCAAGGGUUCAGGGUUUGAAGUGAGAGAUUUUCAAACUCUUCAGAUGAGUUACACUGUGUUGAUGCGAUCAUGUAUAAACGAGCU